AGAACGCACGUCGCCCGACCGCCACCGUCUCCCUCUUCUUUCCAUCUCCCCAUCUCUCUCUCCUGCCUCCGCUAGCUAACCUUACUCACUCCCAUCCAGGAACUCGAGUCGCUCCUCGAGAAGGGCGUCAUCAGCGACGCCGCCUUCGACUCCAUCAUGUCCCUCCUGCCCGCUGAGUCCUCCCUCUCCGGCCCCGCCGCCCGCAGCACCCCGACUCCCUCAACAACCACAGCAUCAACACCAGCACCGCCCGCGCCCAACAGCAACAGCAACAACAACAACAACCCGCCAAGCUACGCUCAAUCCCAAACCACCGCGCAGCCCCCCGCCCUCCCAGCCCGCAACCAACCCCCACAGCCGCCCGCGAAGCCGGUGCUCGCCCGCGCCCGCGCGCUGUACCGCUACGCGGCCGGCGACGCGCGCGACGUGUCGUUCGAGCGCGACGACGCGCUCGCCGUGUUCGAGUACAUGAACGACGACUGGUGGCUGGGGCGCAACGAGCGCACGGGCGAGGAGGGCAUCUUCCCGCGGAGCUACGUCGUCGUGGUCGGGGGGCCGGCGGCGGAUGAUAAUGGUGCAGGCGGCGCGGGGGAGAAGGUCGGUUUGCCGCCGGCGGGUGGUGGUGCGGUGGCGGCGUACAACCAGCAGCCGCCGUACCAGCAGGGUGGUUAUCCCGGUGCUGGUGCUGGUUCGGGUGGGGGUGGGGGUGGGGGUGGGUACCCCGUCAGUCCGGUGCCGGUGGGCGGGUACUCGGCGCCGCCGCCGCCGGCGGGGCAGGCCCCGGUGCCGUACCAAGACGGACAGCACGGGGGCGGGAGCAAGCUUGGAGAGCAAGGGAAGAAGUUUGGCAAGAAGCUGGGCAACGCGGCCAUCUUUGGGGCCGGGGCGACGAUUGGGAGUAAUAUUGUUAACUCCAUCUUCUGAGCGCGCGUGUGGACGGUGGGGGAGUGCAAGUUGGGUUGGGCGGUCAGCUUCGGGGAUUUCACGGAACGGGAACGGGUGAUGUUCUUGCGUGUCUGUACGGAGUUCGGCAAGGGAAUAAUUCGCGCUUGCUGGGGGCACAUUUCGCGGGUACGAUGCCUGUUCCUGGCUCCGGC